UCAAAAGUACAUAGAACAACUAGGGGUUGGCAUAUAUACCUAAAUCAAACCAAACCAAAAUUCACCUAUGGAAAUUCGAAAUGUGUUAUGUAAUAAUAACUCGAAUUGGUAAAAAAAUUUAAUAUUACUCAAUACAGAUUGGCAGGACUAACCCAAUAUUACGUUCUCAUAUUAUGCAUAAUAAGACUACGACACGUUCCCACGUAAUGCAUAGUAAAAUUAAACUAAAUAUGAUGAUACAGUCUUUUAUUAAAUGAUGACACACUCUUUACGAUAUCCCAUGUUAUACAUAUUGCAUUCUCUACGUUAUUACGUUCCCACGUUAUGCGUAAUACUAACAAUGCAAUCCAUCCAUAUUCAUCCCAUGAAUCAAAUAAUAUUAUACGGUUCCACUAGACUAGACAAAAGCUAUUUGAGUAAGCCUCUGGUCAGACCUAGCGCAGGGGAAGCAAAGACACGUGAAACCAGGCGACGCAACAUCACCAGUUCACUCCAUGUUCCUAGAUUCACGACGUAAAGGCAUCAGUUUACGCAAAUCCGUCCAACUACUUUCAUUAAUGAAAGAUGUUCAAAAUACAUUAUAUAUAGACUCUCUCUGACUAUUUACUAUACCAUCAAACUUCAGUUCCUCCAAACUUGGCUGGAGAAUGGCAUUAGCUUACUCCACCCUAACCUACUGGCUCGUGAACCACCCCUACAUCGCCAACUUCACAUGGACCGAAGGUGAAACCCUUGGCUCCACCGUGUUCUUUGUAGCCAUUGUAGUCUCCCUUUACCUCUCCGCAACAUUCCUCCUUCGACAUGCCGUCGUUUCACUCCCCUCACUCGGUUCCAAAAUUCUCAAACCAAUCACAGCCGUUCACAGCUUCAUCCUCUGCCUCCUCUCCCUUAUCAUGGCCGUUGGUUGCAUUCUCUCCGUAACCUCAGACCCCACAAUGCGCCUUUUCCACACGAUUUGUUUUCCCCUCGACGUGAAACCUAAAGGACCGCUCUUCUUCUGGGGUCAAGUCUUCUACCUAUCCAAGAUCCUUGAGUUCGGAGACACGCUUCUCAUCAUACUCGGCAAAUCAUUCCAACGGCUCUCGUUCCUCCACGUGUACCACCAUGCAACGGUUGUGAUCUUGUGCUUCACCUGGCUCCGAACCCGCCAGUCGAUGUUUCCUGUUGCGCUUGUGACGAACUCGUUGGUCCACGUCGUGAUGUACGGUUACUAUUUUCUUUGUGCAGUUGGACGGAGACCGAGGUGGAAGAGGUUUGUGACGGAGUUUCAGAUUGUGCAGUUUGUUUUCGGGUUCUUUUUAUCAGGUUGGAUGUUCCCGGAGCAUUAUUUCGGGUCGGGUUGCUCCGGGGUUUGGACAAUAUAUUUCAUGGGUGCGUUUAAUGGGUCUCUCUUGGUUCUCUUCUUCAACUUCCGCUCCAAGAACUAUGCUAACAAGAAACAAUCAGAUAAUUAUUUUCCAAAAGAAACGAUUAAACUGGCUUAAAUUGUUGAAUAUUAUGUAUUGUCGAUCUCUUGUUGUGUUGUUGUUACAUGAAAUGAUGUUUGCAGUGUUUGAAAUUGUUUUCGAAAUAUAUUGAAAAUGUAUUUAGUCAAAAAGAAAAUAUUGAAAAUGUAACAUUAAUCAUGAAAUGGCUGCCGACAAAAAAAAAAUCAUGAAAUGGCUGAUUCCUAGAUUCUAAAAUUGUUUAAUUAUGAAUAAGAUGACAUAAUAUACUGACAAUGUAACACUAAUAAUGAAAU